AUGACAAAACCUAAUUUCUUUGUGCAAGAAAAUUUUGAAAAAUGCCCUCGUGAACAUACCUUAUUUGUCAAGCAAUCUGAUCAAGGCAACAUUCUAAUUGUCAGUUUAUAUGUAAAUGAUCUCAUAUACACUAGUAAUAAUGAAGAGAUGUUUGAAAGUUUUAAAGCAUCCAUGAAAAGCAAGUUUGCUAUGACGGAUCUAGGAAGAAUGAGAUACUUCCUUGGAGUAGAAAUAAAACAAAGUGACAGUGGAAUCUUCAUCUAUCAGCAGAAGUCUGCUCAGGACAUCAUUCUUAAGUUUGGAAUGGAGAAUUGUAACAAGGUGUGUAGUCCCAUUGUGCCAGGUAACAGACUUAUGAAAGAUGAAAAUGGAAAAAUUGUUGAUGCAACUGUGUAUAGGCAAUUGACUGGAAGCCUAAUGUAUCUUCUUGCUACUAGGCCAGAUCUUGCAUUCUCUGUGUGCCUAAUUGCUAGAUAUAUGAAGAGGCCUACAAAACUUCACUUAGCAGCAGCAAAAAGAGUACUUAGAUACAUUCAAGGCACCUUGAAUUUUGGUAUUUUGUAUACAAGAAGCAAUGACUGUGAACUUAAGGGCCGGACUGACUCUGACUAUGCAGGAGACAUAGAUGAUAGAAAAAGUACUUCAGACUAUGUGUAUAUGUAUGGAAAUGGAGCUAUAUCAUGGUCAUCUAAGAAACAAGCCAUUGUCACUUUAUCUACCACUGAAGUUGAGUAUGUUGCUGCAGCAUCUUGUGCCUGCCAAGGUGUAUGGUUGAGAAGAAUUUUGGAGCAGCUUAAGCAAACACACAUGACUGGAACUACAAUUCUCUGUGACAAUACCUCUUCCAUCAAACUUUCAAAGAAUCCAGUUAUGCAUGGUAGGUGUAAGCACAUAGAUGUUAGAUAUCAUUUUCUCAGAGAUUUGAUCAAGGAUGGAACUGUGGAGAUGAGUUUCUGCUCAUCACAGGAUCAAAUAGCAGAUAUAAUGAUUAAAGCAUUGAAGCUAGAGACUUUUUGCAAUUUGAGAACAAGGCUUGGAAUGUGUGACUUGAUUGAAGUUACUUGA